ACUUUGCGGAGUGAGUUUGUGGAAAUAAAUAUGUUUGUAAAAAUUAAGUAAAUAAAAAUAUACUACAUCUAUCCAGUGAUAAAUAUGUGUAUAUUGUGAAUUAAGUGUGAGAAAUAAUAAGUGAAAGGGUUAACAUUUUUGGUAAUAAGAUGGCGGAAAUAAUAUUCCAACGGCGAAAAGUAGCAACUGUUCUCAACGAACCGAACCCUCUGUUGAUAUUGCUGUUAGCAUGUCUGUUGCAAGUCGUUGCUUCGCAAGUGAUCAACAGAGCGCCACAUUUUAUACCCCAGACUGGAGACAUGUCACAGUUCAGUCUGGCGGAGGAUACACCCGUUGGAACGCCAGUUUAUCAUUUGAAAGGUGUGGACCCCGAAAACGGUCAGCUAACGUACUCUAUCUCGGGUCAGUACUUCAGCGUGGACUCGCUGACCGGUGUGGUGACGCUGGCCAGGAACUUGGAUCGCGAAGAGCAAGCUUCUUUGGAAGUCAUCAUCAGUAUAACAGAUGAAGGAAUAGCUAAUACGGAGCCAAAUACCGUCUCACUAAGAAGGGUUAUCCCUGUCCGGGAUGUUAACGACAACUCUCCAGUGUUUCACAACCGACCAUACAUCGUUAACGUCAGUGAAGCAACUCCUGUUGGUACGGAGAUUGAGGUAUCUCCGAAAAUCCUAGUGACAGAUCGUGACGAAGGGGAUAAUGCAAUAAUCAAAGUCACUUGUUCCAAUGAAGAAAAGGGCAGUGAUGUUGAGGCUUGCUCCACGUUUAAGAUUGUUACGGAAAUGGUGAACCCUAAUGAAUACGAGGUCCGUAUAUUCUUAUCUCGACCGCUGGACUUUGAGUCUCGUUCAGCAUACGUAUUGAGCUUGAACGCUCGUGAUGGCGGACAGCCGGCUCGGCGCGCCGCGGCCAGUGUCGCGGUUGCGGUGCGCGAUGUGCAGGACCAACCACCUGACUUUGUUAAUGCACCAUACUCCGCCACGGUACCUGAGAACACACCGCCUAAUACAAGCAUAAUGGAAAUCAUUGCAAAAGACGGAGAUACGGCGAACCAACGACCAGUUCUAUUGACCCUUGAAGGCGAUGCUCAGCAGUACUUCAAGUUAUUGCCCGAGAGACCCAUCGGCCGCGCUACACUGGUCACUACUGAUAUACCAAUCGAUCGGGAGAGCGAAGCUGUUAUGCAAAACGGUGGAGUAUACAGCUUUCAAGUGAAGGCGACGGAAUUAAUAAAUAAUGAAGUGCCAUCUGACUACACGGUAACAACAAUUACGAUAAUCGUAACCGAUGUUGACGACCAUGUGCCGAGAUUUAACCGUGACGUGUACGAUGUCUCGAUACCGGAAAAUAUUGAGAAUGGCAGCCCUAUCCCUGGUUUGUCGAUUUAUGUAGAAGAUGACGAUAUAGGACAGAACAGUAAAUACGAUUUGAAAUUACGCGAUGUUUAUAAUUCAGUAGGAGUAUUUUCAAUUAGCACUGAACAUGGUGAAGGAAGAACGCCUAUUAGUAUAAAAGUGAAAGAUACCACACGAUUAGAUUACGAUGUUGAUGAUGAAGAUCAGAGACUAUACAGUUUUGAUAUUGUUACUUCAUCGGGUGAUGUCGAAUUAUCAUCAGCUAGAGUUAACGUUAAACUUCUAGAUGUAAAUGAUAACGCUCCGGUUUUCGAAGAGACAAAUUAUAAGUUUGAAGUAAUAGAAAAUGCGGUUAUGGACACUAAAAUUGGGGAUGUCCAAGCUACGGACAAAGAUUAUGGAAUAUUCGGUGAAAUUGAAUAUUCACUGACAGGAUUCGGAUCGAAUCUUUUUAAGACUGAUAAGACUAAAGGAGGUUUGUAUGUCGGCAGUGUUCUUGAUUACGAAACACAAAAGAGUUAUAGUCUUACACUAGUUGCUAAAGAUGGCGGAGGAAAGGUAUCUAGUACCAGUGUUUUCAUUGAUGUAUUGGAUGCCAACGAUAAUGCUCCUGUUUUCGAAGCCGCGGAAUAUAGUCGAACAAUAAGAGAUGGAGCAACAAGUUUUGAACCGCAGUUUGUUGUUAGGGCCACAGACGUUGACGGACCGACACAAGGAGGUGGUCGAGUACGUUAUUCUCUUGUAUCUGACAACAGCAUUGCACACAAAGGACAAGUUUUUGCAAUCGAUGAGGACUCCGGGGAGAUAACUAUACUGGACAAAGUUCAGACAAUGGAUACACCUCGUGGGCAAUAUGAAUUAGUUGUAAGAGCUACUGAUUAUGGGAUACCACCGCUAUUCAACGAUACUCGAGUUUACAUCAGAGUUGGCGUCCCCGGAAACCAACGGCCCACUUUCAAAGGCAAUUAUCAUCAUUAUCAUUAUACAGUGGGCCACCAUCCGACCGCCUCUGAUGAAUUGUCACUUGAACUUAAUCCUAUGAACUACCAGGCCUCUGUGAAAGAGAACUCGCCACCAGGACUCAAAGUGACCACAGUAAUUGCCAAUGACCCAGACGGUUUGGACGAUUUGCUGACGUAUCAUAUCGUUUCCGGCUCGAAGGACAAUUUUGUAAUUGAUGAGAAAUCUGGUGUAAUAACAAUAUCGAGCGAUGCAAAUCUCGAUCGCGAUUUAAAUCCAGAACGUUAUGAAAUUAUUGUCUCAGCAGUAGAUAGUGGAACACCUAUACCUGAAACUGCCACCACCACUGUAUUUGUCACAGUCCAAGAUGUCAAUGAUAAGCCACCUAUAAUCAACACCACUCAGACUACAACAUACAUAUCCGAGAGAACUAAAGUAGGUGAUAGAGUAACUACAAUAAACGCAUACGAUACUGAUUUGAAUGCAAAAUUGAAAUUUAGCAUUGUAGAACCAAUUAAAGCGCUAUCUAAAGCAGGUAUCCAGUUAAAACCUAACUCACCUUUUAAUUAUAAAACUAUCUUCCGUAUCGAUGAAGAUACCGGAGAAAUAUUUGUUAAUGGAACAUUAGAUUAUAGUCAAGCGUCUAUAGUAAUUUUAACAAUUAAAGUAACUGACAUAAAUGCGGAAAUCAAUAAGGAAAAGCAAUUCGCUUUAGUUGAACAUACGAUAUACAUUCAACCUUACAAUGACAAAAAUCCACAAUUCACUAAUCCCGGUUGGAGUAAUUCAAAACCAGUGAUAUAUCACAAAGUUAAAGAAGAUCAACCGAUAGGAAGUACAGUUUUAAUACUAAUGGCUGAAGAUCCUGUCUCAGGCCAUUUAAUUUCAAAUUUUAAAGUAAUAAAUUCUGAAACUGGAUUAUUACAAGUUGACCCGCUCAGUGGACAAGUAGUUUUAACCAGACAUCUGGAUUACGAAGAGCUGACUUCACCAAAUUUAACGCUCACGGUACAAGCGACUAGUAAUGAUGGAAGCAAACAUAGCAAUGCAAAGAUUAUUAUCGAAGUUGUGAACAUUAAUGACAAUGCGCCUAUAUUUGAAAAAGAGCUAUACAAAAUGAGCGUUUUAGAGUCAGUGACGUAUCCGGAACAGCUACUGACUGUUAAAGCUAACGAUGCUGACCUGGUUCUCACUGACGAGGACCGGCGGCAAGGUUAUUCUGAUGUGAGAUAUCUCUUAAGAGGAGAUAAUUCCGAUUUAUUCGUCAUUGACAAUGUUACGGGAGUGAUACAGGUAGCGCCGAAUAGAACUUUGGAUCGGGAGCGUCAAUCAGUGUUACGUUUUGAAUUAGUAGCAUUUGAUACUCCGCAAGGAGGAGCUGAUCAGCUCAAGACGACAGCUCCCGUUCUCGUCGACGUACUCGACGUGGACGAUAACCCGCCCAGUUUCGACAGGAAUCUUUAUACGGCCGUUGUACCCGAAAAUGUGCCGCCCGGUUUUAGCGUGAUUAACGUAACUGCCACCGAUCCCGACGAAGGCCUCGGGGGGGAAGUCCACUACGAGUUCUUAGAUGAAGGCGAAGCUAAAGAUUUGUUUAUGAUUGAGCCUAGUACGGGUGAAGUGCGCAGCCGCGGCGCGCUGACGGGGAGGGGGCGGACUCAACCGUACUCCUUGUCGGUGCGCGCGGCAGACAGCGGCGGACACUUCGCCGACACGCAGCUGACGGUAUAUGUCGGUGACGUCAGCGCCAAUGACGGCGUACCGCGUUUCCUGCGUCCUGCCGACACCGACACGCUGCACGUUACUGAGAACGCAACUAUCGGAUCUGUGGUGUUUCAAGUGGUGGCAACGGACCCGGAUGACCCCACACAGCCUUCUGGUCAGCUGGUUUAUUCUAUACAGCAGAACAAUGCCGACGCUAAAGCAUUUGCCAUCGACCCUCAGAGCGGGAUCAUCACGACCCGUCAAUCUCUGGAUCGGGAGCGGCAGGCGACCUACACCCUCGUGCUGGUGGUUACAGACCACGGCACUCCUCCGCAGCAGGCCAGCCGCAUCGUCACCGUCACCAUUGAUGAUGUUGAUGAUCAUAAGCCGCACUUCGCUCGCACUCUGGAUGACCCUCCAGUUUUGAUGACGACGAAAGAAGAAGUACCAGUAGGAACUGUGAUAGGAAAACUGGAAGCCAUAGAUGAAGAUAUUGACGAUAAUGCAGCCAUCGAUUACGCUAUUACAGCUGGUAACGAAUUUGGGUUAGUGAAGUUAGAAAGGACCAACGACAGCAAGGCGUUAAUCAAAGCGGCCUCAAGAUUAGACAGGGAGUCAAUAUCUCGGGUGCUAUUAACAAUCAAAAGCUUCAAAUAUGGCACUUAUCCUGUUCUUAAUAAGAGCUAUAAUCGUUUGGAUCCAUCAGAAAUUCAAGUGUUAGUAAAGAUAUUGGAUAUAGACGAUCAUUUACCGGAUUUUGGAAGUCAAAAUUUGACUAUAGGAGUGCGUCUCAACGUGCCCGUAGAUACUAAAAUAGCUACAGUCAAAGCCACAGACAAAGACCCGGAUGCUUUACCCAUAGACUACAGAAUCGUUAACAUGAACUUUGAGUCACCAAUCAAAUGCAAAUCUUUGAAUAAUUUGACAGAUGUGAUGCAUUUAAACAAUGUUACAGGAGAAUUGAAAAUAAUGAAGAAUUUGCUUCAUUAUGCGGAUGGAAUUUUCAGAUUGGUGAUACGUGCCAACAAUUCUCAAGAGACAAACCGAUUUAGAGAUUUAUUGGUUGAGGUGGUUGUUGUGAGAGAAAGAGACCUGUUACGUUUGGCUGUGGCAAGUCGCGCCAAGCUGCCGGAGCUGAGGAAGAAGCUGAGCGAUGUGCUGGAGACUAAGCAGCUGAGACUGCAAAUGCAUGAUGCUCCUCAUUCCACCUUCUAUGAUAACGCUGGGCCCUGUUUCCAAUUUCGUAAAAUGGAGACGGGGGAAGCGCUGACACCGCAAGCUAUGAAGACUGCGAUACGUCAGCUCGGUACUGAGAUGCAGCAGAUCCUGGAGGCGUAUGAUGUACGCAACAUCACGAGCUGCGGCACGACGCGGACCAGGCACUCGUUUGCGCAACACGCGCUGCUCAGUCUGGCCUCGCUGCUGCUCUUCUCCGCACUGGUCUCCGCCUGCAUCCUCUGCACAUUGCACUCUGAAGCUAAGAAACGAGCACGCAACGGAUUGCUGAGUGCAAGAGAGGCUGCAAGCCACGAAUCCGCGCCUUCGAGACUGUAUGCGGAACCACUUUACUCUAUUUAAGAAGGAAUACUACAUGUGCCUGAAUUUAACGUUUAAGAGGAAAUACGGUUAAGAAUGACACAAUUUGACUUACAAAAGUGAUGUGUAAUGACUUUACUAAAGCG